GUUCGCCGGGGGUUGUGCGCGGCGGCCGGAUCCUGGCUUGGGCUCCUGCCUCUGGCCGCCGGGGGACCCCACCCCGGCGUCGGGGGCGCCCCCUGGAGGAUCUGGGGUGCGAGAAGGAAAAAGAAUAUUAAAUUGGAUUGUUGAGGGGUGCGGGAUAUGUGUGGACAGGCGGGUGUCGACAAAAUGAGCUCGAAGGGAAGGGAGUCUCAAAUCACAUUGAGCCAAAAAACAUCCUGUGUUUUCUCCAGUUACAAACAAAAUGAAUAUUCCCAUGCUGCUGCGACAUCCUCACCAGCAGUUCCUAAAAGACCUGUUGAGAACACCUUCCCGACGUUACCGUUUCAUCUUUCCUGCAAGUACCCACCUCCGAUCGGGAAUCCCAUGUGCUCAGCCAUUAAAUUCUCUUGGACUCCAUUGUACAAAGUGGAUGCUGCUAUCAUGUGGUUUGAAGAGAAAACUGUGUGUACAAGCAACCUUAAAGGACCACACAGAAGGACUUUCUGAUAAAGAACAAAGAUGUGUGGAUAAACUUUAUACUGGUUUAACCCAAGGGCAAAGAGCCUGCUUAGCAGAGGCCAUAACUCUUAUAGAAUCAACUCACAACCGGAAGAAAGAGUUAGCCCAGGCGCUUCUUCAGAAGGUGUUAGUCUACCACAGAAAACAAGAACAAUUAAAUAAAGGAAAACCACUAGCAUUUCGAGUGGGAUUGUCUGGACCUCCUGGUGCUGGAAAAUCAACCUUCAUAGAAUAUUUUGGAAAAAUGCUUACUGAGAGAGGGCACAAAUUAUCUGUGCUAGCUGUGGACCCUUCUUCUUGUACUAGUGGUGGAUCACUUCUGGGUGAUAAAACCCGAAUGACUGAGUUAUCAAGAGAUAUGAAUGCCUACAUUAGGCCAUCUCCUACUAGCGGCACUUUAGGAGGCGUGACAAGGACCACAAAUGAAGCUAUUCUGUUGUGUGAAGGAGGGGGAUAUGACGUCAUUCUUAUUGAAACUGUAGGUGUGGGUCAGUCGGAGUUUGCAGUGGCUGAUAUGGUUGACAUGUUUGUUUUACUGCUACCUCCAGCAGGAGGAGAUGAAUUGCAGGGUAUCAAAAGAGGUAUAAUUGAGAUGGCAGAUUUGGUAGCUAUCACUAAAUCUGAUGGAGACCUGAUCGUACCAGCUCGAAGGAUAGAAGCAGAGUACGUGAGCGCACUGAAGCUACUCCGCAGGCGUUCAGAAGUCUGGAGACCGAAGGUAAUUCGUAUUUCUGCCAGAAGUGGAGAGGGGAUCACGGAAAUGUGGGACAAAAUGAAAGCAUUCCGGGACCUCAUGCUUGCCAGUGGGGAGCUGGCCACUAAAAGACAGAAGCAGCAGAAAGUGUGGAUGUGGAAUCUCAUUCAGGAAAGUGUGUUAGAACAUUUCAGGACCCAUCCCACAGUUCGGGAACAGAUUCCUCUUCUGGAGAAAAGGGUUCUCAGUGGGGCUAUGUCCCCAGGACUAGCAGCAGACUUGUUGCUGAAAGCUUUUAAAAGCAGAGACUAAUGAAAAUUAUUCAGUAUUUACUAUAUCAGUUCAUAAAGUAUUUUAACAUUAAGA